UUACAUCAUAAAAAUGUAUACAAUAUAUUAUAUUUAUAUUUGUAUUUGUCUGGUAAUCAUUGGGAGAAUAUAUUUUGUAAUAUUUCAUACAUAUAAAAUGAAAGGGAGAAAAAAACCAAUUCGAAAUAAUCCAGCUAAAAUAAUGAUAAUAUUAGGGUCUGGUGGACAUACUGCAGAAAUGAUAAGAAUCCUUAAGUAUUUAAACUUUAAAAAUUAUUCACCAAGAAUAUAUGUACAUGCUGAUACAGAUUUAAUGAGUAUUGAGAAAGUUAAAUACUUAGAAGAAGACAACAAAGAUUAUAAAAUUAUUAAAAUUCGUAGAAGUAGAGAAAUUCAUCAAUCAUAUUAUACAUCUAUUUAUACUACUAUUUAUGCAAUUCUUGAGUCAAUUCCUCAUUUAUGGAGAGAAUGUCCAGAAUUACUUUUAUGUAAUGGUCCAGGCACUUGUGUUCCUUUGUGUAUAAUAGCAUUUUUAUUUAAAGUUUUGUAUAUUACACAAACUACUAUAAUAUUUGUUGAAAGCAUCUGUAGAGUUAAAACUCUAUCAUUAACAGGAAAAAUUUUGUAUUAUAUAGCUGAUUAUCAAAUAAUACAAUGGCCAUAUUUAGAUAAAUCAAAUAAUCAAAAUGAUAAAAUAUUAUCUAUUUAAAUAAAAUUAAUUCAUAUUUUUUAUUAAAAUGUUAUUUACAAAAAAAAUGUUUUUUUUAUAAAUGACACUUAUUUUAAAUGUCAUUUAUAAAAAAAUUAUAUAAUUUUACAAACAUAUAUUAUUCAACUUAUAGUAUUGAAAUUAAAUUAUAUUUAACACAUUUAUAUUAAAGUAAAAUCUAAAAAAAAUUAAAAAAUUGAUGAAAUAUAAAAUAAUUAUAGAAAUUUAUUAAAUUGCAGCUCUUGUGAAUAUUACUAUUAUUACUUAAUAUUCUAUAUUUGAUAUAUAAUUUCAUAAAAUUUAAUAUUAUAUUUCUUAUAAUAUAAAUUAAGAAUAUAUCCAUAAAAGACUAUCAAAAUUAUUUUAAAUAUUAUCAAAAUUUAAAAAUUUUUAAAUAUAAAAAAAUUAUCCAUUAAUAUUAAAAUGUUAUGUUAUUUAAAAAAAUACAAUACAAAAUUAAUAUAAGUAAAAAAUAAACUUAUAAUUACAAAAUUUAUUAUCACAUUAUUUAUGUAUUACAUACAUUACAUACAUUUAUAUAUUAUAUACAUAUAAUACAUUUUAUAAAAGUAUAUUGCAUUGUAAUUUUUGUUGCUUAUAAUUAAUGUUUAAUUAGUGUCUUUUACUAUAAAAACAAAAAAUAAAUAUAUUAUUAAAAACAAAA